GCCUGCUUCCUCUGCAUGGGGCCCUGCAGCAACCCCCGCCUGGGGCUCCCCGGUGGGGAGUCGCCCUCCCAGCCCCCCCAGAGGAGGAAGAAGAGAUACCUGCGGCAUGACAAGCCCCCCUACACCUACUUGGCCAUGAUCGCCCUGGUGAUCCAGGCCGCACCCUCCCGCAGGCUGAAGCUGGCCCAGAUCAUCCGUCAGGUCCAGGCCGUGUUCCCCUUCUUCAGGGACGAUUACGAGGGCUGGAAAGACUCCAUCCGCCACAACCUCUCCUCCAACCGAUGCUUCCGCAAGGUGCCCAAAGAUCCCGCGAAGCCCCAGGCCAAGGGCAACUUCUGGGCGGUCGACGUGAGCCUGAUCCCAGCCGAGGCGCUGCGGCUGCAGAACACGGCCCUGUGCAGGCGCUGGCAGAGCAGGGGCGCGAGGGGAGCCUUCGCCAAGGACCUGGGCCCCUAUGUGCUUCAUGGCCGGCCCUACCGGCCGCCCAGUCCCCAGCCGCCGCCCUGCGAGGGCUUCAGCAUAAAGUCUCUGCUAGGGGACUCCGGGGAGGGGGCGCUGCCGAGCAGCCCAAGUCGGUCAGGCUCAGUUCGCAUAGGGGAGGAAGAGGCACCCACUCCAGUCCCCUCCUCUGAGAGGCCUCUGUGGCCCGCCUGCCCCCUCCCAGGGUCCCUGAGAGCAGAAGGGGAGACUUCCCAGGGGGGAAACAGCAGGCCCUCGCCCCUCUCCCCUGAACCCAGAGCUUGGCCCCUCCACUUACUGCAGGGUACCCCAGGCCCUGGGGGACUCCCUGGUGGAAGCCACAGGGCCUCGCUUUGGGGGCAGCUACCUACCUCUUAUUUGCCCAUUUACACUCCCAACGUGGUGAUGCCAUUUGCCCCACUGCCACCCACCUCCUGCCCCCGGUGCCCCCCCUCAACCAGCACAGGCUAUUGGGGGGUGGUCCCUGAAACCCAUGGCCCCCCAAGGCUGCUCUGGGAUCUAGACGCCCUCUUCCAGGGGGUGCCACCCAACAAAAGCAUCUAUGAUGCGUGGGUUAGCCACCCCCGAGACCUGGCUGCCCCUACCCCAGGCUGGCUACUGUCCUGGUACAGCCUGUGA